AGAGUUAUCUGGCGAGGGGAGACAAUCCAAGGCUCUUCGGACAACAUCAUGUUCUCAAAGUGGAUACCACAGAACGACGUUCUGGGUUCUUCAAAGACACGAGUUCUCGUUUCGCACGGAGGACUAAGUGGCGUUCAGGAAGCCAUGUACCACGGCGUUCCCAUGGUGAUUGUGCCCAUGUUUAGUGAUCAGCCGGACAAUGCGAUUCGGGUUGAAGCUCAUGGGUACGGGGUACGCCUAGAUCCAUUUAACCUGACUGCAGCGUCCAUUGUGGCAGCAGUGAAAUCUGUGAUAUCUGACAAAAGGAUGGCUGACAGGAUGAGGGAUCUUUCUCAGAAACUUAAAUUUGACCAAUCAUACAUGAGCGCCAGAGAAAUGGCGGCGUUUUGGGUUGAGGACGUGAUGAAGUAUGGCCACCUGUACCCGCGUCCAGCCAAUCAGGAUCUCUCUUACAUACAAAGUCAUGGCCUUGAUGUUGUGGCGGUUUUCGCUUUGAUAUGCUUUGUGGGAGUCAUGGCUCUUACAAAACUUGGCAGAAUGAUUUUUCCAAAAAUCAUCAGAUCAUCUGAAUCAAAGAUGAAAGGCGUAUAAAAAUGUGAAAUUUUCUUUACAUUGGAAUUUGUUCCAUGUCAUUCAUGUCAAAAGACUCUAUCUUUUA